AUGUGCUCGCAUUCCCCGAACUACCAUUUGAAAUGCAGAGCUUCUGCACCUACCAUCAUCUUCCUCAUCUGUUCCCUCUUCACUACCGUCAAUUCCCAGGUUCUAGGAGCUUGUUCAGCUGCUACGGAUUGUGGGCCAGGUCUCUUCUGUGGAAAUUGCCCCGCUUUGGGCUUGAAGCAACCCAUCUGCAUCAGAGGCCAACCCACCCUUCCCACACCCAUCGUCAAUGGGUUGCCCUUCAACAAGUACACUUGGAUAGUGACCCACAAUUCCUUCAGCAUAGUCGAUGCACCGCCUCUGCCCGGUGUUCAGAGAAUAACAUUUUACAAUCAAGAAGACUCUGUCACUAAUCAGUUGAGGAAUGGAGUGAGGGGACUGAUGUUGGAUAUGUACGACUUCCAGAAUGAUAUCUGGCUCUGUCAUUCAUUUCGCGGGCAAUGCUUCAACUUCACUGCAUUUCAACCAGCUGUUAAUACUUUGAGAGAAGUGGAGGCGUUCUUGACAGAAAAUCCAACUGAGAUUGUCACCAUCAUAAUUGAAGACUAUGUGCACACUCCAAAGGGGUUGACUAAUCUGUUCACAAGUGCUGGACUGGAUAAGUAUUGGUUUCCUGUGUCCAAGAUGCCGAAGAAGGGUAACGAUUGGCCCACUGUGACGGAAAUGGUUCAAGCAAAUCACCGACUUGUUGUUUUCACUUCAGAUGCUUCAAAGGAAGCAGAUGAAGGAGUAGCUUAUCAGUGGAAACAUAUGGUCGAAAAUGAGUCUGGAGAUCCUGGAGUGCAACAGGGUUCUUGUCCGCACAGAAAAGAAUCAAAGGCAUUAAAUUCUAGAAGUCAAUCACUUUUCCUGAUGAAUUAUUUUCCAACCUAUCCAGUUGAAGCUGACUCAUGCAAAGAGCAUUCAGCUCCACUUGCUGAUAUGGUCAAUACUUGUUACAAAGCUGCAGGGAAUUUGCUGCCCAACUUUGUAGCUGUUAAUUUUUACAUGAGGAGUGAUGGAGGUGGUGUUUUUGAUAUUGUGGAUAAAAUGAAUGGCCACACAUUGUGUGGAUGCAGUACAAUCACAGCCUGCCAGGCGGGUGCACCCUUUGGGUCUUGCAAGAAUAUUUCUGUUCCUAGUGCAAGUCCACUGACUAAUACGGCUGGAAGCUUUACUGGAUCUGUCCAGUUCUCUAAAUCAGCUUCGUCUGUCCAUCAUCCAAAUUGUUUGCUUCUUGCCGUCUUUUACUUCCUACAAAGUCUUGUUGCAGCUGCGAUGACCAAGCACUGUUGUAUGACAUAUGUAAGCUAG